UAAAUUGACUUGUUGUUGAAGCAAUUUUGUCGGGUCUCUUUGUCUGUUUCGUUUGUACUACUUCAGCCUAGGCACCACUGAAUUUUAUUGUGCUUGCUACUUCUAUCUGCAGGGUUAUGAUUAAAAGCCGACACUUUGUGAACUACAUUUCGUUCUUUGUUUUACUGGGAGGGCUUUUGCUAUUUUGACUUUAUGCUUCUGUGAGCAUAUGUAAUCACUUCUAAUUGCAGAUCCAAGCAACAAGCGGCGUCUUGUCGUAGUGGGACACGACUGGGGUGCCAUGAUUGGCUUCUGCCUGGCUACACUCUACGAGAAUUUAGUCAGCCGAAUGAUUAUAAUCAACGGAAUGCACCCAAAGGCCUUCUACAAACAACUUUUGCUGAGCCCAAGGCAAAUGAGGAUGUCCUGGUACAUGAUCCCUUUCCGGCAUCCCAAAAUACCGGAACAGUAUCUGAUAAUGCAGGACCUCUCCUUCUUUGACAAGGUGCACAAGGCCUUCACCGUGAGGGAGGAGUACGUCCACAAGUACAUGUUUUCUCAGCCUGGUGCCCUGACUGGCGCCUUGAACUACUAUCGCGCCUUCAACCACGAUAACAAACAACUGGACAAGCUGCAAUAUAGGCGACUCAGCAUACCAGCACUGAUUCUCUGGGGACAGAAGGAUGAGUUUCUCACAACGCCCAUUGCAAGGUUCAACGCAGACUGGCUGACGGCCCCGACAGUCUUGUUCUACAGGAACGCGGGCCACUGGUUGCUGCGGGAAUGCUCCGCCACCGUGAAUCGAUACAUCAUCCAAUUUUCUAAGUCAAGACAAAUCACUUUAAGCGCUCAACACACGAACACUUCGACCCACAGACCAAACGCAUGUGGGCACUCUGCGACGCCUCACGCAACGCAGACACAGAAUACAAUCGCGUUUGUUCCGCCGGAAACGGGCGUUCCCGGAUUUGUGACAGAAUAGAAAGUAAGCACUUUUUACAAAUCUAUUAGCUCUCUACUUCUUCAAGGU